CAAAGUUGCUCUGACUUGACCACCCACAAGAGAGCUGUGCGGGCAAGAAUAGCAAAACCCUCUGCAGCCGUGUAACGAUAAGUCAUCAGAGCUCGAGGCUCCUGCCUUAAGCAAACCCGUCAACCACGCUUUCCCGGCAAACGACAAGUUCUUUUGUCGUCAUAUCAGCACAUAUCUACGACCGCCCUGUUUCAAUAGCGGGACAGCUGCCGCAAUGCCUCCAGCAGCGAAGCGGGACCGCUUUCUCGAGGAUGCACGUGGAAGGAUAGCUCGCGGACAGCUCCCCGGAGUGCAGAGCAUCGAAUGGACUGGCGAUGGCUUCUCGUUCAUGUUCGCCCAUAUCUGUCUUCGUCCCCAAGACCACGUCGAGAUACGCGUACUCUGUGAGGAUGGGACGUAUCUCGCCUACACUGACAGCGAAGUGCCUGCAACAAUCGCAAGCACGCUCGAGCACACCUCGGAGCGAGUGAGCGGCAUGACACUCGAGGCCAUGCUGGCGGAAUUGACGGACCAACUGCGCCUCACUGCCGAGGGUAGAGGGAUAAAUGAUGACAUUGCUUUGACAGACGUGGACGACUGGACUCCUGACGACGACGCUGCAAGCGAAGCUGCUAGCGACGAGCCAGACUUCGAGUACGGAGAUGACAUAGACGACGAUGCCUUUUUUGGAACUCCUGUUUACAGCUCACGCCAGACGACUACGGAGUUGAGCACUGUCAUUUCAUCUGCGAGCCCGGAGCGAAUUCGACGUGAUCUUGAGAUGCUCAAACUUGGGGGGUUUCGGGUCGGGAUCGUGCGUGGCUUCACGCAGUCCGUUGACGAUAGCAUUGUGUCGGCUGCCGUUCGUGUUGACAAACUUCACCUUCCAGACGACACCCUAGAGGCGUGGGGCCUUGGUCACGAAGAUUUCAUUGUCGUUCUCAUCCGAUAUAUAGGAAGCAACUAUACAACCUUUGAGGAAGCCCUAGAGCUACCUGACAAUGCCCGCCGGCUUCAGUUCCGGCUCCGCAAAUGCUCGACGCACAAACCCUCCCCCCAACAAGCCCUCUCGGCAUUUGCGAAACUCAACCACGACAAGGAUCUCGACACCGAAGGUGACGAGCCAAAUGACUAUUCAAAGACUGCGCACCUGUCACAGCUCUGUGUCGGAGAAUCAAUUGACAUGUUUAUGGAUAAAGACUUCCUCGGCAUAUUCAAGCGUUGGGCACGGCAUUACAGUUCCAAGACUGAUGGCUGGGCUCUGGCCAUGGUAGGAGUUUCAUCCACGGUUGAUGGAUUACCACGAACAGCCUCGGCUGCGCUCCUCCAUGCGCAAGAGAAUGAAGACGAUCUUGGAGCUCGGGCAAAUCUACCCAUGUUUUUACAGAACGAACACCUCGAUUCCGACGAAGAAAAAUCACUGGCUUUGGUAGCGGUACAGUUUGCGAUGCGGCAUUUUGUCAAUUGCACAAAGUACUGCUUGAUCUGCCAAAGAAGACUCGAUACUGACUUUGAGUCGUUGAAGCCUUAUGUGUGCGGGAAGCCCUUGUGCCUUUACCAGUACAUGACGCUUGGGUUUGCACCCAACGUUGAACAUGAGAUUCUGAAUCAGCCAUACGUGGUCGACUUGCUCGUCAGCUUCUGUCAUUUGAGCUUGUUAGAAGACGGCAUGGGCAAAAUCGGCAUGCGCCAGUAUCCAGUAGGCUUGGGUUUGAGAGUUCCCCGAAUCCGAAAACGACGGGGCCCAACCACUUCAGGUGUCAACACAUCCUACUCAGCACCACAGCAGCCAGCCGCCUUAACAGUGACGGAAUCGGGGCUCGAGGACUCAAUCCGAAACACACUGGCUGGGGACAUCAUCAAUCCGCAGGAGGCCGUUUUGCAUUGGUCGUCGUCGACUCUGGUCGUCCCUGACUGGACGGAUGCCACCAAGUACAAGCGUGGCCAGAUCAUUGGUGUGGUUGUGGAAGUCCCACUGAGCUCUCAAGUGCUUUUAUACCACGCUCGAGUGGAGUGGAUUAACAUGAACAUCAUCUCAGUACAGAUGAUGACCCGGCACACGCUUCCUGCUGAAGCACCCUCUGCUGAGGCGUUGGCCUCUGUUGAGUCUGACAGCGCUGGGCUACAGGCGCUUAUUGUCCUCUGUGAUGACAACAUCGACGAGUUGGAACCGAUCGAUCAACGUCAUUCUAUGCUUCUUCUCCUUGCUACCCUUCCUUCAGUGGCGGAAAUGAGACAAUUUCUGCUAAGCAGUCCAGACGGUCAGCUUUCAGCCUGGUCUAGAAUGGUGCCAUCUGCCCUUUCUCUGUUGAGGUGGAUCAUCGCCUCCAACCGCUCUUGCAUCAUGCAAAUUGGCAACCUGGAUUUGCGCCUGACCGGACAAGGACCUAAACAAGAAACCUCAGACGAUCCACGACAAGUUCUCGGCCUUGACGGCUGGCUGCAAUUUCGCUUUGCACAGGGAUCGCCAGAGCAUGAACUUCGCUUCCAACAUGCGCUGAGGGAUGUCAAGAAGCCACAAAGGAGCCUCGUUGCCUGGCACGGCAGCCCUCUUAAGAACUGGCACAGCAUCAUUCGCGAAGGAUUAGACUUCCAAGAAGUUGCGCAUGGGAGAGCUUACGGAAAUGGCGUGUACUUCGCCAGGGAUCUGCAGACCAGCCUAGGCUAUAGCUCAAUGCGGUCCAGUACAGCUUCGCAUGAGGAACGUGGCUGGUUCAAGUCAUUGCUGAAUAUCAAGCAGGCCGUCUCACUUGUCGAACUUGUCAACAAUCCCGAGCGGUUUCAGUCUACACAGCCCUACUUUGUAGUCCAGAACUGUGAUUGGAUCCAGUGCCGCUAUCUCUUUAUCCUGCCUGCGAAACCAGAAGGAGCGCCCGAAAUGGUCCAGCCCAGCGGGGGCGUGCUCCCAUCCCAUGGAAAAGCACGUGAAACUCCAAGCACCCAAGCAAAGGACGAGUUCACCCAAGACGCGGCCUACAAAAUCUCGGGAAUGAGUCACAAGGCACUCUACAUUCCCCGCCUCGCCAUCACCUCUGCAUCUUCAUCCACCCAGAGAGCCGAUCUCCUGAUGCGCCGGAAGGCUGAGCAAGGGCACGUAGACGACAUUUCCGAUGCGUUGGAUUCUGAAGACUACAAAUUCUUCCACUCGGAGACAAAGCGUGAGAGGGAAGCUCGGCCUAACAGUCCAGUCCCUGUGCUCAAAAGACGUCGAACAAGCGACACAGUAAUGAAGGAGGCAGAGUCGAACGAAGGUUUCCAACCCGGUUCUCUCGACUUUUCGACCUUGGCCCUGCUAUCGCCACCAUCUUACGCAACACCCACCGGCACGAACAUGCUUGGCCGGGAGCUACGCAAACUGCAGAAAGUUCAAGAGUCCACACCACCAGCGAUCCUUGGCUGGUAUAUCGACUUUGAUCGCAUCUCCAAUUUAUAUCAGUGGAUAGUCGAGUUGCACUCGUUUGACGAAGCCUUGCCGCUAGCGCGAGACAUGCGCGAAGCUGAGUUGCAGAGCAUUGUGCUUGAGAUUCGUUUUGGUCGGGACUUCCCGCUUUCUCCACCCUUUGUCCGCAUCGUCCGACCACGCUUCCUCCCGUUCAUGGAAGGAGGUGGUGGCCAUGUCACUGCAGGAGGUGCGAUGUGCAUGGAAUUGCUGACCAACACGGGAUGGUCGCCAGUGAGCAGCAUCGAGAGUGUGCUGUUGCAAGUACGCAUGGCGAUCAGCAGCGUUGAACCAAAGCCUGCACGGCUUCGGAGCAGGAAGCGAGGGGAUAACGCGUCAGACUACGGCGUGGGAGAAGCGUUUGAUGCAUACCGACGUGCUGCAGCCGUCCAUGGAUGGAAUGUGCCAAAGGAUUUCAUUGAAGCAUUGACGGACAAUUGAUGCUAGACUGCACUUGCACCAGAGUCUGCAGCUCCGAAUAGGAGAAAGCCUAGUGGAUGCAGACCGAUUAAGAGGGCGUUUUCUUGCACGUGGCCGUUUGAGCCCAUGACUUUUGAGCACUUGAGGUCGUGCAAGCAGAUAGUAUCUGGUAGAGUGAGACUUUUGUCUGGUCAGGGUCUUGACGGGUUCGGCAUGAAUAAUGGAUGAAGAAAGUAGUGACAAAAAUAGAC